AUGGAGCCGAAGGGGGAAAGCGAGGUAAAAGACCAGGAUGAAAAACCAGGACAAGGGGCUUCAGGUACAGAAAGUCAAAAUGAAGGAGCAAAGAAAGCAGGUGAAGAAAAGUCACCAUCUGCUGAGGGAGAAGAAAAGGCAGCUGAUGAAGAUGAAGAGGAUGCCAGUUCUGGCAGUGAUAAAGAAGAGGAGGAAGAGGAGCAUAUAGAGAUUAUAAAGCCUCCAGAACCAGUGAAAAAACCAGUAAAAGUAGAGAAGAAAAUCUCCGAAAGCUUCUUCUAUAAUUAUGAAGAUUUGUUCUCCUUCCCGGAUGUGACUCUGGAUUCUGGGAUACCAGUUGACAUGCUCACUCUCAUGCACUCUUUUGGUUAUGACUGCAUUAAACGAGCAAACCUCCAGGUGAUGGAUAGUUCAACACUUCUUUACAUAGCUGGCAACCAGGUAGUUCUUCUGGACUUGAAAUUAAAGGGUCAAAGAUACCUUCGAAGCUCAAGUGGUGGAGGGAUUGGAGUCAUCACGGUACACCCUAAUAAAACAUACUUUGCUGUAGGAGAAAAGGGGUGGAAGCCAAACAUGAUUAUCUAUGAAUAUCCUUCCUUAAGGCCCUACAGAGUAUUACGAGGUGGAACAGAGGCAGCAUACGCAUUUGCUGACUUUAAUCGUUCUGGCACUAUGAUAGCCACUGUUGGGAGCAGCCCUGAUUAUAUGUUGACAGUUUGGGACUGGAAACAGGAAAAGAUUAUAUUGAGAUCGAAGGCGUUUUCACAAGAUGUUUUUAAAGUUACUUUCUCUCCUGAAAAUGAAGAACAACUAACCACAUCUGGUUCAGGACACAUAAAGUUUUGGAAGAUGGCACUUACUUUCACUGGUCUGAAACUACAAGGAGCUUUGGGUAGGUUUGGGAAAACAGCAUUGACAGACAUUGAAGGAUAUGUGGAGCUGCCAGAUGGGAAGGUGCUUUCAGGGUCAGAAUGGGGCAACAUGCUGCUCUGGGAAGGGGGCCUCAUAAAAGUGGAACUUUGUCGGCCUGGCCAUAAAACUUGCCACCAUGGUCCCAUUAAUCAGUUAAUUCUGGAUGAAGGAGAAUUGGUCACUGUUGGAUCAGACGGAUACAUCAGAGUGUGGGAUUUUGAAACAAUAGACACUGCUGAUAUUGUGGAUGAUUCUGGACUGCUGGAGAUGGAACACAUGAACGAGCUUUUAGUUGGCAAAAACGUCAACUUGAACUGUAUGGUGAAAAUUCAUGAACGUGGAGAACCUUUUUGGUAUGCUCAGGACUCUAAUGGAGCCAUCUGGAAGCUUGAUCUGAGUUUUGCAAAUGUCACCCAUGAUCCAGAAUGUCUCUUUACUUUCCAUUCUGGAAAGAUAGAAGCCAUUGCUGUUUCUCCAGUCACAUACCUUAUGGCCACCACUGCUCUUGACCGUUCGGUGCGUAUCUUUGACUUUGCUGAUAAAAUGCAGCUGACUGAGAUGAAAUUUAAACAGGGAGGAACAGCGCUAACCUGGGCACCAAAAGUGGUGAACCCAAAAGGAGGUCUAAUUGCUGUAGGUUUUCAAGAUGGCGUUGUUCGCAUUAUUGAACUUUAUAAUCCAAAAGGGCUCCCUGUCGUUGCUGGACGGAACAACGUGGGCGAUGCAUCCAUGCGUCUGAAACAAGCUUUCAAACCUCAUACUAGUACCGUUACAGCAAUGGCCUAUGAGCGUAAUGGAGAAGUGUUUGCCACGGGGAGUAAAGACAAAACUGUUUUCUUCUUUGCUGUGGAUGACCAGUAUGAUCCAAUAGGAUUCAUUGCAGUUCCAGGACCUGUGCAGGCACUGCAGUGGUCUCCGUUGUCACAUCCAGAAAGCACGCUGCUUGUGUUGUGUGAGAAUGGUUUCGCUGUCCAGGUUCCUGCUCCAGAGCAAGCAGAUUAUGAUGCAGAAAAAUCAUAUAAAAUCAAAGACAUCCCCACACAGUAUUUUAAUUUCUUCAGCAUAAAAUCUCGGCUUAAGAUAGAAGAGGAGAUUAAGCGCAGAGACAAGAAGAAAGUAAACAAGGAGAAAGCAAGGCAGGCAUUUAUACAGAUGGAACUAGAGGCAGGGAAGGAGAUGGAAGAAAUUGUAUUUCCAGAGGAAGAGCCUGAAACAGAAGAACCACUGCCAGAGAUCUAUAUUCCAGAGACUCCUAGCCCCAUUCUCUGUGGGUUUUACUCUAAGCCGGGAAAAUUUUGGCUGUCCUUGGGAGGCUAUGACUCUGGCUAUCUGUACCAUUGCGCAUUUUCUCCAGUGCAGCAUGACAAAGAACCUGGUAAUCGGCAAGAUGAACCCUUUGACUUUAUUCUCAUGGAAGACACAGAAGAAACCCCUAUUCGACGGAUCUCUUUUUGCUCCACUGGUUUACUAAUGUUCUGUGGGAUGGAAGAUGGGGCAGUACGUAUCUACCCUCUCCAUAACAAAGAUCUGUCAUUGGACAAUAUGGUUGGAUAUUGGUCCUCCAGCAUGCAUGAUAACGACUAUGGACAGAUUCAAGGAAUCUUCUCAAGUUUUGAUGAUCGGUUUCUGGUGACCUGUGGUGCAGAUGGCAACAUCUUUACUUACAAUGUGCUUUCUGCUGAAGAAGUUCAGAAAGUGAUGAAGGCUAAGGUGCCCUCUCCAAGGAGAGAUCUUGAUAAACAGAAAGAAGCAGACGAUAUUGAAGAUCCUAGUGCCUACAGUAUUGAAAAUGCCAAGCAAAAAAUGGAGCAUGAUAUGAUAAUUAAGGCAGCAGAAAUGAAGAAAUAUUUCAAGAGACAAGAACUGAUUCUUCUGAGACAUGAAUUUCAAGAACUGCUCCAGAUUAACAAGGAUCUGCCAAAGCACAUGCAGCUUGACAGAGCACAAUUUGAAAUGGACCGCAGAAUUCGUGCAGAAAUGGACAGAAAGACAGCACACAGUAUCCGGCUGGUGAUGAAGGAAUUGGCUUGGGAACAGGAAAAACAUCGCAUUGGGAUAAAAAAACUACAGAAUCGAUUCCGGAGCAAUGUGGAGUAUGACCGAAUCGUGGUCCGUGCCAUGGGAAGCAGCCAUCAAAUCUUCACGUACAGGCUUCUGGCGAUUUCAGAAAAUUUGUACAAAGUCAAGAAACAAACCCAGGUGGGGAAAAGAAGAACAAGCAAAUACGAAUGGAAAGGAAAAGAAACAGACCUAAGAAAAGAUAGCCAGAAAGACCUGAAAGUAGCAUUAUCACAGAGUGCUGCUGUUGUUGAAGAAGAAGCAGAAACAGAAAAGCUGAGGAAAAGGUCCCAUAUCCAUACAGUAACAAGUCGAAUUGUUGAAAAUCGAAUGGAAAAACUUAGGAAAAUUAUUGAAAAAGCUGACAAAGCCAAAGCUAAGAUCCAGCAAAGAAAGAAGGAAUGGAAUGACCUGUACAAAAGCAAACCAAGCGAUGACUAUGAGGACCCCGUAGAUGUGCAGAAUAUCCUAGAGGCCCAAGAGAACAUGGGGGAUUUCAAACUGAAGACCGCUACGAACUACAAAAUUCCUGAACACAUGAGAAUGAAUGCUGAGAAGAAAACUAAUCAGUUGGCAUCUCUGGAAGUGGCCAUCCAUGAAAAGAAAUUGUCCAUGAAUAAAUGGAUAAUCUCCCUCCGAGACCUCAAGGCAGCUAUUAUUGAAGAGAUCCAGUGCCUGGUGCAAGAACUGAAAACUGUACAGUCAUCCUUGCAUCCCUCCAAACAUCUCCCUAUUCCUCCAGUUCCUCAGCUACAUCCUGAUGAGACUCCAGAAAAAAGAUUCCAAUAUGAUAGUGAAAUCCUUUUGAAGUUCAAACAUGAGGAAGAAGCCAAGGCUAAGCUCAAAAAAUCUGUGGCUAUAUCAGAUAGUGGUGGGAGCACAGCGGGGUUUGGAGGAGGGUUCCUUCACACUCCAUCACUGAAGGAGAUAGCAAUGUUAACACGGUGUGUAAGUAUGAAAACGAUGAGGGCCACAUCGACAACAGCUGCAGCGAUACCCAAACUCUUUGAGAUUGAGCAGGCAGAACCAACAGAGAUGGAACUAGAGAUUGCAAAGAGGGAGGAGAUUAGAAACGUUUACCUUCAGGAGAGGUUAAUCAAGAGGAUUCAUGAGCUCAUGAUUACCUUUGACGCCGAACUUCGGCUCCUACGUCACCAGAAACUUAAACUGGACAUACAGAUGAAAACUGCUGACCUGCGUCACGUCACUUGGUUUGAGGAGCUUCUUCUCCUCAAGAACUUUGAAAAACAUGAGGACACUCUCCAGGAACGCGUCAACAGCCUCAUCAGUGAGGAGGAGGAAAUGCAAGCCAAAUUAAAUAGCUACUUUCAACAAAUAGAGGAUAAGAAAUUGGAGAUUGCAAAGCUCCAGGAGCGAGAGAAAAUCCUCUAUGCCACUUUCCAAGCAUCCCUGGGGGAAAAUAACAAAUUUGCUGGGUUCCUCACUAAGGUCCUCAAAAAGAAAAUUAAACGUGCUAAGAAGAAAGAAGUGGAAGGAGAAGGAGAUGAAGAAGAUGAGAGUGACGAAGAGAGUGAUGAGGAGUCUUCUUUCGAGAGUGAUGAAGAGGAGUCAGGCUCCGAGGAUGAAGUCUUUGAUGACACAGUGUGUCCCAAAAAUUGUGAUGAAGUUCUUUUUGAAAACACACUCCAGCUCCGAGAGAAACGGCUGGAUAUAGAAGAGGCCUUAGUCGAGGAGAAGAAAACUCUUGAGAAUGUCAAGAAAGAAUAUGAAGCACUGGCCAAGAAGGUGAAAGUAGUAGCAACCCAGCUAGAUGCGGCAGAUUGGGAACUAGAGGCUUACCAGCGAGAGAAACAGCAGAGACUGAAUGAAUUGCAUGUGGUGGUGCCUUUGAAACUCCAUCAGGUGGAAUACAUUGUAAAUGGAGAAAUACCUGCUGACCUCUCCCAAGCUUUAGUGUUUACCAAUGAGUCUUUGGUGAACUUGCAGCAAAGGAUCACGACCCUGCAGCUGGAGAAGAUUGAACAGAAGGAGCUCUACAAGCAGGCCCGGGAGCAGCACAAGCAGCUCAUUCGAGACAGGAGGGAGAUGAUGCUCAGGAUAGAGAACUUGGAAGAGAAUUGCAAUCAGUUGAUGAUGAUGAAAUUUGGCCGGGUAGUGGACUUGGAAGCCCUGCAGACACUUUCUGUAAAUACAAACCUGGAAGAACUCAAAGUGAAAAUGAUGGAAAAAGAGCAAUUGUAUGCUACAGAACUCAAAAAAUGGGAUGCCAACAUCUGUGAGCUGCGUCAACAACUGAUGAUGGUGACCAAAGAACAUACGAACAAGCUGCUGCAGCUGAACACAUUUUGCACUGAGAAGAUGGGCCUUGAAACGAAAUUGGAUGCGCUGCAGAGUAACUUGGGAACAGAAUUCCAAGGGCCCCGCAAAGCAGACAUUGAAGAGCAGGAGAAGCUGCUUGCCUUGGUCCAGCUUCAAGCGCAAGAAGCUGAAGUCCUAAAAGAAGAAAUCACCCUCCUAACCAGAAAGGAUGGCCGUAUCUUUCCACCACCCCAGCCUCUGUUUGGACAAGAUGGGAUACUGGAUUAA